UGUGCGGGGCGGCGCUUCUGCCGGCGUAGCGGCGGGGAAUCCGCAGCGGGGCUGCUGGCAAUGGAGUGGUGGGUCCGUUCGCCGCUUGGGCUCUGGCUGCUCUUGCUGCUCUUGCUGCUCCUGCCGCCAAUGCAGGGCCGCCAGAAGGAGCCAGGUUCAAAAUGGAAAGUAUUUAUUGACCAAAUUAACAGGUCUUUGGAGAAUUAUGAACCAUGUUCAAGUCAAAACUGCAGCUGCUACCAUGGGGUCAUAGAAGAGGAUCUGACUCCCUUCCGAGGUGGUAUCUCCAGGAAGAUGAUGGCAGAGGUAGUCAGACGGAAGUUAGGGACCCACUAUCAGAUCGUUAAGAACAGAUUAUACCGAGAAAAUGACUGCAUGUUCCCCUCGAGGUGUAGUGGUGUUGAGCACUUUAUUUUGGAAGUUAUUGGGCACCUCCCUGACAUGGAAAUGGUAAUCAAUGUACGAGAUUAUCCUCAGGUUCCCAAAUGGAUGGAGCCUGCCAUCCCAGUCUUCUCCUUCAGUAAGACAUCAGAGUACCAUGAUAUCAUGUAUCCUGCUUGGACAUUUUGGGAAGGGGGCCCUGCUGUUUGGCCAAUUUAUCCUACAGGUCUUGGACGGUGGGAUCUUUUCAGAGACGAUCUGGUAAGGUCAGCAGCACAGUGGCCAUGGAAAAAGAAAAAUUCUACAGCAUAUUUUCGAGGAUCAAGGACAAGUCCAGAACGAGAUCCUCUCAUUCUUCUCUCUCGCAAAAAUCCAAAACUUGUUGAUGCAGAAUACACCAAAAACCAGGCCUGGAAGUCUAUGAAAGAUACCUUGGGAAAGCCAGCUGCUAAGGAUGUCCAUCUUGUGGAUCACUGCAAGUACAAGUAUUUGUUUAAUUUUCGAGGUGUAGCUGCAAGUUUCCGGUUCAAACACCUCUUCCUGUGUGGAUCCCUUGUUUUCCAUGUUGGUGAUGAGUGGCUAGAAUUCUUCUAUCCACAGCUGAAGCCAUGGGUUCACUAUAUCCCAGUCAAAACAGAUCUCUCCAAUGUCCAAGAGCUGUUGCAAUUUGUAAAAGCAAAUGAUGAUGUAGCUCAAGAAAUUGCUGAAAGGGGAAACCAGUUUAUCAUGAACCACCUACAGAUGGAUGACAUCACCUGUUACUGGGAGAGCCUCUUAACUGAAUACUCUAAAUUCCUGUCCUAUAACGUAACAAGAAGGAAAGGCUAUGAUCAGAUUAUUCCUAAAAUUUUGAAAACUGAACUCUAGUAGUCAUCAUAGGACCAUCGUUCUUGCUGUGGCAGUGAUCUCAGAUAUUGUAUCAGCAUGGCAUCUGUACCUUGAACACCUUUAUUGAGCCAAAUAUCUGGUUUUCUUUAUCAUGCUGCACCCAGAGCAACCCUUAAGAAAGUUCCAAAAUGUGUAUAAUACACAGAUAGGAAGCUACUCAACUCUGGCUGAAUAAGGACUAGAAAUCAUGAGAUGUGGAUUUUGGACCCAGUUCUACCUUUCAUCUUCUUAGGACCAAUCACAGCUUGUGCCUCAGAUCAUCCACUUGUGUAUGUCCCAUCACUGUGAAAUUGACUUAUAUCCAUGUGAUGAUGCCCUUUGUCCCAUUAUGUGGAGCAGAAAAUUCAUCAUUUGGAACUAGUUCAACUCACUGCUACAUCUCUGAAGUAAUUCUAGGCUUGAACCCUGUUACUUUAUUUUAACAUAGGAAACCCUAUGAAAAAAUACUUGGGGAUCAUUCUGAAAGGUCUAAGGAAGCAGUAACUGUGCCACACAAUAAUAGAAAACUUCUCUUUUGUAAAAGCAUAAACUCUUUGUUACUCAGGAGGUUUCUACUUAGAAAGGAACCAGUUGCAUGAGUAAUUACUGCAAUUGGAUUUCAAGUUCCCUUUUUGUGCCUUCAUGCCCUUUUUAUUAUCUCUCUAAAGGAAAAAAAAAGACAAAAACCUCUUAAUAAAUGUAGGCAGUGGCCCUCUUUAACAGAACUGUGCAUAGGAUGGCCACUCUUCCUUGUCCUUUGCAUACCCUUAUCAUUGUUCUUUCUUAAAUUGGCCAUAGCAGGGGCUUUCAGCACUCUCAAUGUCGUGCAGGGACUGCAAGGAGUCUUUGUACAUGAACACAGCAUUCAGUUGGUAGCUUAGAGCAUUCAACUUCAGUGCUUACUAUGCACAAGUUAUUUGUUUUAGUGCAAAUCUACGUUUGAGUGUGUCCUUUGUCCAUUUGGGUAGUAGUUUAAUUGCUCAGGGUGCUCUCCCUAUCAUUCAACAAUGAAGAAAAAUGUUUAUAUUAAAACUGUGAUAUUAGAACCAUCCUUCACCCGUAGGCCCAACCUUUCUACAGAGAAAUCAGCUCUUUUCCUUUACACUUUAAAAACUGUUAGGUAUUAAUUGAUUUUAAAAUUAGUGUAUGUAAGAUUCAGUCAUAGAAAAUUAGAAAUUUUAUUCCAUUUGUCAGAAAUGGAUUUGGCCUUUAUAACUCCCUUCAACAAAAUUUUAAGUCUAAGGAUCUUCCUAGAGAAGUUGAACAUCUCUAAGGAACAAGGCAGAUGUUUAAAGUGGGAUUUUUUUCUUUUUUUUUUUUUUUUUUGAGUACUAACAAAUCACAGGGACUAUGUCCUUAGGUAUUAUAAGUCAAGCAGUCCAGUUUUCUGAGUAGUACUAUGCUUUUUCUUUCUCACUGUAAGACCCUAUUCCCUCUGUAUUUUAAUUUUUCUCUCACUAAAAUAGGAACAAAAUUUGUUCUCCUUUGGAUUAGGACCUGAAGCUUCAUUUCCCUGGGAAUGUUUUCCCAUUUAGCUUCAAGUUGCAGCUCAAAGAUCAUCUUCUCUCUGAAUUCUUUCAUUUGGGGGGCAGUUAGAAGCUACCAUAACUUUGCUCAUACCUGUGUUACAUGACCUCACUUUGCACUGUAGUUACAUGACCAUUUCUCCUACUGUUCUGUGAGCUUAUUGAUGGACAGCAAUCAUGUUUUACUAAUUUUAACGUCGCCAUUGUUCAGCACAAUGCCUCACUGUGCCCCAAGUAGAUGGGCUACUUAAUAGUAAAUUAAAUACUGAGGAACUUGUAGGUGGGCAGGCGGGUAGAUGGAUGGAUGGAUGGAAACCGUUGGCUUAACUAGAUCCUAUUUACAGUUUUUCCAGCCAUUGGUUCCAAGGCUGGAAAGACCUUAAGAAUUGCAUAAGUGUAAAUCCUCACCUAUCCUUUGAAGAGUCAAUAGGGUUAUCUUUAUCUUUAAAUACACCAAAUGUUAUUCAGAUUUUAUACUUGUUAACUGUUUACUUCAGCAGAGAUGGCAUGAGAUUGGUGUGUUACAAUAUGUAAAAUGUAAUGUUUUUACAAAUAAUUUGUUUCCCCACAACUUUUGAAGAUAUUUGUUGUUAAUACUAGCUCAGUCCCAAAGAGCUAAAGGUCAUACUUCUCUUUAAGGAAAGAUAAUGAUUUAGUUUAUUUGAAUGAAGUAGUAUACUUGG